AUGGCCGGCUUCAACGACUCCCCUCUGAUCAAGCGGCUCGCCGUGCCGGCAGUUUGCCUCUUGAUUGCCUUCCUUGCAUACUCUUCCCAGAUUCUUUUCUACGUUGCUGGGGACUCGCUGCUACCGGGCCGUCUCUCAUCCGCCGAGUUCUACACUUUCAACAUACUGCUAGUUUGCUUGUGGUAUACAUACUACAAGGCCUGCACCGUCGACCCCGGACGGUACACUUUCGCAGAUGGUGUAAUCGAGGUCCCAGAGCCAGACGAAUAUGGUCUUCUCCGCCGCUGGUGCAGGAAGUGCUCUGCCCCGAAACCACCACGAGCUCACCACUGCCGUAACUGUCGUCGCUGCAUUCCGAAGAUGGAUCACCAUUGCCCUUGGACAGCGAAUUGCGUCUCGAUGCGAACAUUCCCGCACUUCCUCCGCUUCCUUUUCUAUACGAAUUUGUCGUUGUGGAGUCUCGCCCGCUUGCUAUUCCUACGUUUCGCCUCUCUCUGGGAGAACCGCUCACUCCCAUCUUACCUCGGUCCUUCGCUGCCAGUUCUCGUCCACCUCACACUUCUAUCUUUAGUGUGCUUCUUCACCUCCUUCGCCCUCUUCAUACUCUUCUUCUCCACCAUUCGCAGCUGGGUCUUGAACGAAACAAUGAUCGAAGGAUGGGAAUUGGACCGCCACAACGCCCUUUGCGAUCGUUCUUCCAACCGCAACAGGAGCAAUGGUGACUUUUGGUCAAUCACGGGUCCUGAUGGUAAGAAACUACGUUUGGAAAAAGUGGAAUUUCCAUAUGAUAUCGGGAUUUUCGACAACCUAUCGCAAGCGAUGGGGACGCGGAACGUGUUAAUAUGGUUUUUUCCCUUCGCUGGGAACCCAGAGAUCAGCAAAACCGGCCGCGGAGUGGGCUGGGAUUGGCCAGAGAAUGGACAUAAUACCAAGGAGGGCAUGUGGCCGCCGCCAGACCCUGAAAAGAUGCGUAGAGGAAAUGGGGGCUGGCCUGCUUCUCGGGACACUGAGAGGUCUAAAACACCGAAAUAUGCAAGCAAGGAAGAGGAGCUGGAGGCGUUCAAAUCAAGGCAGGAAAUGGACAUGCGAAGGUGGCAAGGCGAGCGGUCGCAGCUUAUGGCUGAGUUAGAGGAGGCGGACUAUGAUCUCAUCUCCGACGAAUCUGGUGAUGAUUAUGAGCAAGGCGCGGAUGGUGAACCAGGGUGGACGAAUGCUGACGGCGAAAGGCUACAGGAUUAUGGGGUUGAUGAGGAUGAGGACAUGACAGACGAUGAAGACAUCCCUCUUGCCGAGUUAUUACGUCGGAGAAAAGUCCUACAAAAGGACGGUGAGGAGUAG